AUGGCUUUUUUACAGAGCUUAAGCCUGAUGUUUUUCUGUAUAAAACCAGAUAAAUGGACAAAAUUUUCUGGUACGGAGGAAAACAAAAAUCUGGUGAUGAACUUCUUCAAUACAGAAGACAUAAUGAUUCUGGUACUUUAUAUUAAUAAUGCUGGACUAUUAACUGCAAGUUUGGGAUUUCCUGCCUCAGUUAAAACUAAGGGAGUUUAUUUUGUGAAAAAGAAAAUGGUGCGUAUCACCCCUGAAAACAUUAGAGAUUCACUAUCAGUUGGUGAUAUUAGCAACUCACCAGUUGAGCAAUUAUUAACAGUGCUUGAAGAGGUGGUGUGUACGCUUUUCACAAACACUGAUAAUAUGACAACCUGGCCUCAGGUGGUAUCAGAAGAUGUAGUGAAACAUGCCCAACAACUUAAAAAUGAUGUAUUUGUAUUUGGUGGACAGCUAAAAGGGAAAGCACUUCUUGCUCUUCCAAAAAUUGCAGAUGAUCUGGAAGAUUCAGAUGAGGAGUCAGACAGGUAUGAUAGCUUCGAUGGUGCCACUUUACAUGCUAUUGAAUCUGUAGUCAUCGAUUGGACACAUCAAGUCAAAGAUGUAUUAAACAAAGAUUCAGCACAAGCUUUGCUUGAUGGCUUAAACCCUCUGCCUAGAGAAGAGAUUGAUUUCUGGGACUUAAGACUGAAGGAUUUAAAGUGCCUUCAUGAACAGUUGUGGAUGCCAAAAGCACGCAAAAUUUCUGAAGUUCUAGAAAAAUCCAAGAGCAGUUAUUGGCCAGCUCUGAAAAGCUUGUAUUAUGACAUCAGAGCAGGUCUAGAAGAGGCAAGUGAUAUUGUUUUGUACUUGAUACCACUGAAGUCAUUAAUAGAUGAGUUAGAGCAAACAGAAUAUUCAGAGGUAAGCAGAAUCACCUUGGGGAAGGGGCAAAAGUGUGGGAAUAACUAG